AUGGCAUUCAGGAGGCAAGUAAAAAACUUCGUGAAAAAUUACUCAGAUGCUGAAAUAAAAGUCAGAGAAGCGACUUCUAAUGAUCCCUGGGGUCCUUCAAGUUCUCUGAUGUUAGAUAUUAGUGAUCUUACUUUCAACACGAUUUCUCUAUCAGAGAUUAUGAAUAUGCUAUGGCAGAGACUCAGUGAUCACGGGAAGAACUGGCGCCAUGUAUAUAAAUCCCUUACACUGAUGGAUUAUCUUAUCAAGAAUGGAUCAAAGAAGGUUAUUCAGCAUUGCAGAGAGGGCUUCUGUAACCUUCAAACUCUAAGGGAAUUUCAACACAUCGAUGAAGCUGGGAAAGACCAAGGUUAUUAUAUCCGGGAAAAAUCUAAGCAAGUCAUAACAUUACUGAUGGAUGAACAGUUGCUGUAUAAAGAGAGGGAAGUAGCAUGUCGGACUAGACGGCGUACCUCCUACUCUAUGACAUUUCCUAAAAGAUUACCUGGUACAGGUAACUCACCAACAGCAUGUGCUUCUGCCCCCACACCAGAAAUUCCUGCUUCAGAGAACAGGCAUAAACUUUUUAAGGUUGCACGGCUACGUAAUAAAAAAAAUCCUUCCAAGGCAGGAUUGAAACAAGAGCAGUGCCAAAACAUUCAGUUGCCUAGUGAAACUGCAUUGUCCCAGGAAACACUACCACUCAAGAUUAGUGCUUGGAAAUCAACGGAGGACCUGAUGUUAUAUGAUGAUGAUCCAAAGCCACUUUUACCAUCAGUACCAACUUCCAUUAUCUCUUCAACUAUGUGGUUAUCAGAAGAGGAAGCAGAAGUUUGUAAUAUCUGGGGUACAGAUGCUAUGCCUACUCCCCCAGUAAAAAGCCCAUCUCUGCAGGCGAAUGUGAGUUUGGACAAGAGAUCAGACAGUACUAUUACAAACACUAUAACAGAAAACCCCUUGCAAAUACCUUUAGAAAAGCAGUCAGCUGCAAAAAGUUUUGAAGCAUUGACAACUUUACCAGCAUUUUGGUCAUCAAAUAAAGAACAGUUUAUCAGGCCCAAUUUAAGGAUAUCAAAGUCAGAUUCUACUUUUUAUAACCAGGCCUCUGUAGAGACACUCUUUGUCUCUCCUUCAUUCAAAACAGUUGGCCCAAUGAAGGAGGUUGUAAUCAAUAAGGACUAUCAGAAACCAGCACAAUCCAACAUUGUUCCGAUGGAUGAUGAAGACUUCAAUCCCUUAACUACAUGGGUUUCAACUGUCUCUGAGAGAACAUCCUCCUUUGCUACUUUAUCUGUGUCAUCUCCUGAUUCAGCCUCUCCAGAGAAGUCAGUUCAUCUCUUACCCCCAGUUUUGGCUGGACCUUCCUUCUGGACUGUGUCCCAUCGACAGUCUUCUGCCUCCUUUAAAGAUAAAGAUAAGACAGCCAAGGCUCAUCACCCCUUUGCUCCUAGGGGUCCAGUGUCUUCUGAUGAAGAGGAAAAUGACAACCUCAAUCUACUGGAAAUUCUUCCAGAAAAUUUGGAUUCUGAUAAAAAUAAGACAAAUCAUAUUUCUAGCAGUAAUCGGGUAGAAUUUUCCACUCCAAAUGUAGACCACUUCACCUCUAUGUCUUGUUCUAGUUUUCAAACAACCAAAGGCUUGCCUGGGGAGCCUGAAUUAAACAGUUCCAUUAAAGAUCUUUUAGAAGAGGUAAAAAGCGCCAUUGUCAGAUUGCAUGAAGAUCUGAGCCUGGUGAUCCAAGAGCUCCGUGUGAUCAGUAGCCAUCUGGUAAGCACAAGUGGGAAUAGUCAGCACAUUAGCAAAUCUUUGCAGGCUUCCCAGUCUUCUGAAGGUAACUUCCAUCAAAUCUAA